GGCGGGAGCGGCAAGGAAGCCGGGCGGCGGCGGCGGCGGCGGCGGCGGCGGGGCGGCUCCUCCUCAGGCUGGGUCGCCGGAGCGUCAGCGGAGGAUGGAGCAGCAGGAGGAGAUCCUGAGGCGCUUCAUCCAGCGCGUGAGGGCCAUGAAGGACGCCGCCGAGCGCCACGGGGAGGACAACUUCGCCGCCGACUUCAUGAGACUGAGGAGGUUGUCAACAAAAUAUAGAACAGAAAAGAUCUACCCAACCAUCACUGGGGAGAAAGAAGAAAAUGUGAAAAAGAACAGAUAUAAGGAUAUACUGCCAUUUGAUCACAGUAGAGUUAAACUGACGUUAAAAACUCCCACCCAAGAUUCUGACUACAUCAAUGCAAAUUUUAUUAAGGGAGUACAUGGACCAAAAGCGUACGUUGCAACCCAGGGACCACUAGCAAACACAGUCAUUGAUUUCUGGAGGAUGAUAUGGGAGUACAAUGUAGCAAUUAUUGUAAUGGCCUGUCGGGAAUUUGAAAUGGGAAGGAAAAAAUGUGAACGCUACUGGCCGCUGUAUGGAGAAGAAAGCAUCUCAUUUGGACCAUUCCACAUUUCUUGCGAAGCUGAACAGGUCAGAGAGGAUUACUAUAUUAGAACCCUGCUGAUCGAAUAUCAGAAUGAAUCGCGUCGAGUACAUCAGUUUCAUUAUGUAAAUUGGCCUGAUCAUGAUGUUCCUUCAUCCUUUGAUUCUAUUCUGGACAUGAUCAGUUUAAUGAGAGAAUAUCAGGAACACGAAGAGGUUCCUAUCUGUAUACACUGCAGCGCAGGAUGUGGAAGAACUGGAGCCAUCUGUGCGAUAGAUUACACAUGGAAUUUGUUGAAAGCCGGGAAAAUUCCAGAGGAAUUCAACGUGUUUAAUUUAAUACAAGAAAUGAGGACCCAAAGGCAUUCUGCGGUACAGACUAAGGAGCAGUAUGAACUGGUUCAUCGAGCCAUAGCCCAGUUAUUUGAGAAACAGUUGCAAAAAUACGAGAGCUGUGCGGCGUGGAAAAUUGCAGAUGGCUUGAACGAAGUUAACGCCGAGAACGCCGUCGGUUCUGGAGACCUGGAGGAACAGGGUUCCCCUCCCCCGAAGCCACCUCGAACUCGCAGCUGCCUUGUUGAGGGUGACGUAAAAGAAGAAAUCCUGCAGGCCCCUGAGCCUCAUCCGGUCCCACCCAUUCUAACCCCAUCGCCGCCUUCGGCCUACCCAACCGUGACGACGGUUUGGCAAGACAGUGACCGAUACCACCCCAAGCCUGUUUUGCACAUGGUGUCUUCAGAGCACCCGACAGACCUCAACGAAAAUUAUGGUAAAUCCAGGGACUAUUCAGGGAAGCAUGAAUUCUCAGACCCCGCCGCCGAUAGAAAGCUGGAACACAACUUGAGCUUCGAAAUUAAGAAAGUGCCCCUUCAGGAACGACCACGCAGCUUCGAUGGAAACCCUCUCCUGAGUCGGGGAAAUGCACUUAAAAUUAAAACAUGCCCGCCAGACGCAGCGGAGAUGACCUUGAAACCGCAGGAGUGCGGCUCCGGCGAUGCGCCUAUGGAGCCCGUGCAGAACCCUUGCAAUGAGUGCAGUCUGCAGCCAGUCACUCCCAUUGCAAUAUCCUCUCUGGAAGGACAUCUGGGUCUUACUACAGAUGCUCCGCCACGGCCAGACUGUUUGCCCCUUAAUAAAGAGAAGGGCCACGCCAUGUGGUCCUUAGAAGAGACUAAAAACAAGCAGCCCUUCUUCGAGGAGGCACCUUUACCCGUUUUAUGUCACGAAGUCACAAAUCUGUCCGUAGACUCAGGCGUGCCAGGUCAAAGGGACACCCCUCCCAGGGAACCGGCAGGCCGCUGCCACGGUGGCCCGCUGCUGGUUCAGGCCCCUCUGUGUUUCACUAAUCCCCUGCACUCGGAUGACUCUGACACGGAGGACAGAAACUCUGAGGGGGGCGUGGCCCAUAGCACGUCGAAUAGCGUCUCCGUGGCCAGCGCCACGGUUUCAGCAGCGACCAAUACAGAAAACCCUGCUAGAAAAGUGUUGCCGAUGUCCAUCGCGAGGCAGGAUAAUCCGCCCCUAAUGCAUUCCGAACCUGAUAAAGAAAGAACUCUGGAAUUGCUUGUGCUUGCAAGUCCACAGGUCACAGCUUUGCCAAAAAGUCCUGCUCUUCUACAGUCGGCCGAAUGGAAUUUGUUACAAGAUCAGAACACCUCCGAACAACCAAAAUGUACAGGAAUGAACAUCACUGGGUCUUCACAGCUUGAUAACUCAGAGCUGGGAGACAAAUCUCCAACGGAUACAAUACCUCAACCAUCUUCCACCAGUCUAACUCCUAAAGGACCGCCCUUACCAGAGAUUGCAAUUGAGACUACAGAUAUUGGGUUUGGUAGCCGCUGUGGAAAACCAAAAGGACCAAGAGACCCUCCUUCAGAAUGGACAUGAUGCAAGAACCAAUGGACACAUAUUAAAUUAUACUGGAAAAUUCAAGUGCCACUGAACAAGAUUCGUAGUAUUCCAACGCUUUAUUUUUUUUGGAACGAUCUGUGUACAUAUAGCUACAAAUGGUACACUUUUGUAUACAUCUACACAAAUAUUAAAGAUUCAAAAUGGUGGAUUCUAUAAUUCAAACUUAACUUUUUGCUGGGGCCAUCAAUCUGCCUUAUUACAUUUUUUAAAAAAGUAUUACUUAUGGUUUGUUACUUCAAGUAUUAUUGCCUUAAUGUCUUUUAAACCUGUUAAAACAUUGUUUAUAGACAUGUUAAUAUGGUGAAACUUUUGACAAAUUUGAGUUUAUGGACUUUUUUUUGCAAAUGUUUGAUUACCAUGUACAUUUUAUUUUAUGUAUGUAUAGGGCAAGCCAGGUAUAUAAUUUGAUAAAGCUGCAAUCAUAAAGUAUUAACAGAAGGUGUAAGAAAUCUCUGCAUGAACUAAAGUUGUGUACCUUGUAAAUUAUUUGCCCUAAUGUUUUAGAAAAUAGUUUUUUUUUAAAGAAAAUGUUGGUGCACAUUCAGAAUUACAGAAUAGCAGAGAUAAAGAUUGUAAUACAUUUUGUAAAUUGUAAGCAAAAAGUUAUUUUUAUAUUAUAUACUGUUUCAACUGUCAGUCCUAAUUUGUCCUGGUUUUCAUCUAGUCACUGAUAUUCCAUAAGUGCCUUGAAAGACCAGAUUUUUUAGCAUGAACAAGUUACCUAUAGAGACUAGUGUUAUCAACCUAUUUGAACUGUCAGUAAAAGAGAAUAUUUUAAAAUCCUUUAAGUUAUCCUUUAUAUAUUUUAUUUCAAUUUAAAUCUUUAGAAUUUUCAAAAGGAAAACCUUGGUAAGUAUCAUCAGGAUUAAAAUCAUGGCCAAUAAUGCUAGCAAAAGACAGUUUUAUGUAAACAUUUGAAAGUACCAAAAUUCUGACUGCAUCACAUUUUCUCAACAAACUUUACUGGCAAAUUCCAAAAGGCCUACCAAUUUGUUUCGGUUUAUAUUGGGGAUUCUUCAAGAAACAAAUUAAUGAUUAUUCAUAUAUAUUCUAGAAGAGGUAGCAUUACUGACGGGCUUAAAUGUCCUUCCAGUUAUAAAAUAUUUUGUUCCAAGUCCCUUCCCUGCCCCUUUGAUUUGCAUGCUAAGUGGUCGCACCCUAAGAAUAGCAAUUAAAACUAGAGUACCUAGAGUAGACUCUUACCCUUUUUCAUUAUAAGCCCAUGGGAAUUUCUGAAGGCUGCUAACCCUCAAAAAAUACAAUGGCCAAGAUUUCUAAAAUUGUUACUUGGGUUAGCAAGCCGCCCUUUCCCCCCACAUAGGUUGAACUACAAUGUUCAAAUUCUUUAGGAACAUGUAUAGUUCUUAUAUGAUGGCAUUUUUAUUUGACUUUUGGUCUGCUAUAGUAGUUACUAACCUGAUGAUUCUAAACCAAUUAUUUUAUUGAAAUAUCCAGCAAUGUGUAUGUAUGUAUCUCCCCCUCCCUCUCUCUCACACACACACAACGUUGGAAUAUUAGCCUAAACAGAAAAGGCUAUGUUGUGUAAGGAGAAAACAAGAGCAGAGUUUACAAAUAUUACUAAGAUGAAAUACUCCUGUAUAAAUCAAUGUGUCUCUGGGGCACUUAGUCUCUUGCUGGUAGUGGAAGAUUGGGUUCUAUCAACUAUAAUUUCCACAGUGGACUCAGUGAGCAAAGCACUCAGUGAGCAAAGCAAAGCACAGUAAGCAGAAUGGUUCUGCCACUGGAAGGACUGGCUUAAGCUAUUCUACAUGAAGAAAGAUACCUGAAUUUAAGUGUACUAAUACAGGGUGUGCAACAUUUUGUUGCUGAAAGCUGUAUUUCAGAAAAUCAAAAGGGUGCUUAAAACCAACUUGGGUGCAGAUGGUAUAUGCUAUGACCAAGCAAUGUGGGUUUCUUCCCUCAAAGUUCUUGUACUGAGGCUAAUGUGCUUAUUUUUUUUUUCUCUAGCAAAACCUGGUGGGAGAUCAUGAUUCCCUUUAUAGCAAUUUGCUGCUAAAUUAGUGCAGUUCCUGCUUCCAGGAAAAAAAAAGGUAUGGUGUGGGAUCUUGAUGUGUCUGUCCACCUAAGGAUGCAACUUCAGAAGAUCGUUAUACGAGUUUUUAAAAACAAAUUCAUUGCUCGCUUGCCUCGGAAAUAUAUUCUGGAAAAGCACAAUAUUGUCACAAGAGUAUAGUGCAUCAGUCAGAAUAACAUGCUAAUUUAUUUACCAUUGCCCAAAGUCCAAGUAA